AUUUAGCCAUAACAAAACGGCUAAGACGCUGUCGCUGGCGUCUGUGGCUGCACACUUAUCGCAGCGAUAUCAUAGUGUAUGCACAUCUACACAUAGAUAACAACAAUCAACAACAGGAAAGCAACCAUCGUGCAUCGUGGAGCUGACACAGACCACAACUACGGUCAGCUGCUACCUGAGACCGAGUCAGUCAGUCUACCGUUAUGCCUGACACAUCCCCAAAAGCUGCCGUUGCACAAAUGAUCGAGCGCUUAGCGUGAACUGGAAUCGAGUGUGUGCCUGUAGUAACGAGUAUAAUACUCGAUAAUUUAAAGCUGCCACCUGGCAGCUGGCUGGCUCUCCUCUUCAACUUGCAUUUCCUGUCGCUAUCUCCCUGUGCCUGUGCCCUGCCUCAGCAAUGUAUUCAGCGGUGCGCACCCACGACUACGAUUAUCCCGAAUCGGAAAUGGAUGAGCGCGAGAGUCUUUACUUUGAUACCAUCUCGCUGGCCGAUUCUGAGGCGGCAGCGGUGGCGGCAGCGCAUCGCAAAUCGCUAUCACAGUCACGCAACACCAUUUACCAUUCGGCAGUGGAUCUGGACGGCGAUGAGACGCGCAACAGUUUACGAUUGGGGAGUGGUGGCGGCGGCGGCAUGUCUGCCGAGCAUAUGAGACUGGCCUGGCAGCCGGGCUAUCGCCAGUCAACGGCGCUGGAGCAUUUGAAUGGUGGCGGCGGAGAUUAUACGGAUGCCGCCAUUGCGGCUCAGAUGCUCGCCCUGCACAAUGGACGAACACAUUUGCCCACCGGCAUUGGCGUCGCUGGCAUUGGCGCGGGUAGCGGCGGUGUUGGUGGCUACACCAGUUACGGCGGCUCUGGCGAUGAUGAGGUCUCUAGACGUCUAUUAAGGCAAAGUAGCACAGUUUCGAAUAAAGAUAAGAAAUUGCCAAUUACAUACUCCCAGUGGAAAUUGAGGACGUAUCGCCGCUUCAACGAUGGCAAACGGAGCGUGGACUUUGUGCUGGCGUACAAGGGCGAGGACGUGGACAAGACAGCGAGGCGCACGAAGUUCGAGGAUAAUCUGAGGCGUGAGGGUCUCGAGCUGGAAUACUAUAAGGAGCAAUGGGUGCACUUUAUCAAGCUGCAUGCGCCAGUCGAGGUGCUGCAUCGGUAUGCGGAAAUAUUAAAGAUCAAGAUGCCGCUAAAGGAGAUACCUGGACAGAAGGACAUAACUAUUGAUAUGGAGCGUGAUCUCAACACAUGCUUCAGUCGCCUUUGUCGCACCCUCUUCAGCUCCGUGCAACCGGAUACUGUUAAGUUUCCAAUACGCCAGCCGCGUAUUCACAUGGAAUUCGCGUGUAAAUAUCUGGAACUGUAUGACAAGGAGCAUCCCAAUUAUUUUGAUGCCAGCACACGCUACUCGAUCAUCAAUUUUAUAAUUGAGCGGCAGCAUUUUGAGCGGGGCGAGGAGAAGUCCGAAAAUCUGGGCUUCGAGAAGCUCGUCGAGGAUGGCGUCUACCUGUGCGCCUAUGCCCUGCACGAAAAAGACGAACGCGAUAACCUGCUAAUGGGCUGGGCCAACAUUGGCAAAUUUAAGAACCUGCAGCCGCUGGAUCAUGUCAAGGACUACUUUGGGCCCAAGGUGGCGUUGUACUUUGCCUGGCUGGGCUUCUAUACGCAAAUGCUAAUACCUGUCAGCAUAUUGGGCAUACUGUUCUUUCUUUACGGAUUUGUCACGUGGAACUCGGAUCCGAUUAGCCAGGAUAUUUGCAAUGGAAACGAUACGAUCAUGUGUCCGCAGUGCGAUAAGGGCUGCAUGUUUUGGCGUCUCAGCGAGACGUGCACCUCGUCUAGGUUCAACUAUUUGAUAGACAAUGAAAUGACCUUGGUGUUUGCGUUUAUAAUGGCCAUUUGGGCUGUUACCUAUUUGGAGCUGUGGAAACGCUAUUCGGCUGGACUUGUUCAUCGUUGGGGCCUCACUGGUUUUAAUCAGCAUGUGGAGCAUCCGCGACCACAAUAUCUGGCCAAGGUUGCCAGCUCCAAAAAGUUGAAUGCCGAAACGGAGGACGCAAGGAGCAGCUUUGAUCCGUAUGUGCCAUUCUGGAGCAUCAAGUUUUUCCCGAACUUCACGAGCUAUAGCAUCAUGGUGUUGUUUAUCUGCAUAUCAGUGAUCGCCGUCUCGGCGAUUAUCAUUUAUCGCAUGGCACAGCGGGCCUCACACAGCAUAUUGGGAAACGAGAACUCAAUGACGUACAAAAUUAUGGUGUUGCCAAUAACAGCGGGAUUCCUCGAUUUAAUUGUUAUCUCCAUACUGGAUCUGGUGUAUAGCAGUCUGGCGGUUAAGCUAACUAAUUACGAAUAUUGCCGCACCCAGACGGAAUACGACGAGAGCCUGACCAUUAAGAACUAUGUGUUCCAGUUUGUCAACUAUUAUUCGUCACUAUUCUAUAUUGCGUUUCUCAAGGGCAAAUUCGUCGGUUAUCCUUCCAAGUACAAUCGCAUAUUAAGCUUCCGUCAGGAGGAGUGCAAUCCGGGUGGCUGCCUCAUGGAGCUCUGCGUGCAGCUAGUCAUCAUUAUGGUUGGCAAGCAGGCGGUGAAUGCAAUUGUUGAGAUGCUAAUACCCUAUCUGAGGCGUACAGCCAGAGAGUGUAAUCAACGUCACGGCUGGUUCAAGCUGCACAGCGACGAGAUUGUGGUGCCCUCGACCAAUCAGUUCACCGAAGACUUUAAUUUACAGUCCACCGAUAAUAAUUCACUAUACGCCGAAUAUCUGGAAAUGGUGGUGCAAUAUGGUUUCAUAACGUUAUUUAGCUUGGCAUUUCCACUGGCGCCGCUGCUGGGGCUGAUUAAUAAUGUUAUGGAAGUGCGUCUCGAUGCCAUCAAAAUGCUACGCUUCUUUCGACGUCCCGUGGGAAUGCGUGCCCGAAAUAUUGGCGUCUGGCAAGGCAUUAUGACUGUCGUUACGCACAUUGCGGUUGCUUCAAGCGCCAUGAUAAUUGCAUUUAGCACAAACUUUAUACCGAAACUAGUGUACAAGCAUACCCAUGAUGAUCCAGAGCUGAAUAAUUAUCUAAACUUUACGCUGGCCACCUUUUAUACCAAGGAUUAUACGACACAAACGCUUCUAGAUGUCAGCGCCCAGGAGAAUAUCACACAGUGUCAUUACACCGAGUUCCGCAAUGCUCCCUGGCUCGAUCAACCCUAUAAACGACCAAUGAUUUAUUGGAAGAUCUUGACGGGCCGACUAGCUUUCAUAGUAAUCUAUCAAAAUAUCAUAGCCCUGGUGCAGGGCAUUAUACGUUGGGCUGUGCCCGAUGUCUCUGCCCGUCUGCUCAAGCGCAUCAAGCGCGAGAAUUUCUUGCUGCGCGAGCACAUCAUCGAAUUUGAGAAAAGGAAGGCACACGAACUGGCGCAGACACCGACACAGAUGCCACCGACGAUGAGUGCAGGAUUCCCUAAAAAGGAACCGGACGAGUCACUGCGACAGCGUCUCAAUGGCAACGAUGCGGCAACCACUGCUGGCGACAAUGCCACCACAUAUGUCUAAGACUAUUACUAACUCGUGUUCUAAUGUUCGCGUGUUCUUCAAUUUCAACUCCUACUCAAAUUCAAACCCCCAUGUCCAUGUUCUUUGCCAGUUGAAAUCAAGUGCAUUUUAGUUGUAAGACUCGAUCGUUGAAUUUGUUCAGGACAAGAGAAUUAUUUACAUUUGAAAUAAUACAUAGCUUACAUAUAUACUUUUGUAUAUUAAGGGCAUCAUUUAUUCGUUGUGCUCUCAAUAGUUGUUAUAUGUGUGUUGUCGUCUUGUACUGUACUUAAGAAUUGAAAACAAUGUUUACUAUUCUUUUUCCUAUUUGUUUGCGAACUGCAUGUCAAAUGCUCAAAAGAACAACAACAACAAAAUGCAUUAUUUUUGGCGGAGGAACAGCAACUGCUUCAAGAGCACGACGCCAGUCCUCCCCGAAAUAUAGAUAUAUGUAUAUUUAUAUAUAUAGUAUUUGUAAAAACUGCUGUUAGAAAUCAAAAAUGAAUUUGCCAAAUUGUAAAGUGUUCGUAAAAAUUGCGACUGAUGCAACAGACACUCGAAAUUAGUUACAACAAAAUAAUGUUGAUGUCCAUGUGUGUGCGAGUGUGUGUGCCAUAUACUUACAUGCAUAAGUAAAUGGAAAAGAAAUGAAUAUAUAUAUAUACAUAUGUAUGUCAGGGAUGAUAUACACACACAUGCAUAUGUGUGCAUAGCAUAGAUCAUUAGCAACACAUUCGCACUUGACUGUUGUGCAAGUGCUUAACUGCUUUAUAUAUAUUAUACACGUCCAAAGUGCACUGCAAUUAUCAAAUCUAAUCAAACGCGUUAUUUUUGAUCUAAGUAACGUAAAGAAAAUCAUUUGUACCUUGUCGAUGCAUAUAUGUAUGUAUACUUAGUACUACAGAAACCAAACCUAAAUUCAUUGCGUGUGCUUAGCAUAUGUAGAUACAUACAUAUAUACAAUGCAUACUAACAUGUAAAACUAAUAAACAAUCCAAUGUACCUUACAAUAUACACAAAAAUAUACACACACCUGCCCACAUCUAUGUGUGGGCGUGUGGGUGAGUGUGUGUGUGUGUGCUAUUACUCAUACAACAAAUGUAUUGACCUUAUGUGAGUUAAUUCUCCUCGUUACAAUCGGUUUGUAUGUUUUGUAUCUGUUCAAUUUGCCCGGCACCAACCACUGCAGAAAUGUUUUAUACAACAACAAACAACAAACAAACAACAAAAACGAAAUGUUAUUAAAAU